AUCUCCCUGCAAAUUCAAUUUCCUCUGAAAAACCCAACCUUUGAUUCGUUAUGGCUUCUUCCGACGUGGAUCUCAACGCCCCUCACUCCAUGGGUACCACCAUCAUCGGCGUCACCUACGAUGGAGGCGUCGUCCUUGGCGCCGACUCUCGUACCAGCACCGGAGUAUACGUGGCCAAUCGCGCCUCCGACAAAAUCACCCAGCUCACCGACAAUGUCUACGUCUGCCGCUCUGGAUCGGCUGCCGAUUCCCAGGUUGUUUCCGAUUACGUUCGUUACUUCCUUCAUCAGCACACAAUUCAGCUUGGACAACCUGCGACCGUCAAAGUUUGUGCAAACCUCGUCAGGCUGCUGUCCUAUGGUAACAAGAAUAUGUUGGAAACUGGACUGAUUGUUGGCGGGUGGGACAAGUACGAAGGCGGUAAGAUUUAUGGGAUUCCUCUUGGUGGCACACUGCUAGAGCUGCCCUUUGCCAUUGGAGGAUCUGGCUCCAGUUACUUGUAUGGAUUUUUCGAUCAAGCAUGGAAAGAAGGAAUGACCAAGGACGAAGCUGAGCAAUUGGUGGUCAAGGCUGUUUCUCUCGCCAUUGCACGAGAUGGUGCCAGUGGGGGUGUUGUCCGUACUGUAGUUAUAAAUUCUGAGGGAGUGACAAGAAACUACUAUCCUGGCGACAAACUUCCACUGUGGCAUGAGGAGUUGGAGCCUCAGAACUCAUUGUUGGACAUAUUGAACACUGCUAGUCCCGAGCCAAUGAACAUAUGAUGAUGUUGCUGCGAACUGACACGAGUCCGGCAACUUUCUAUUAGUUUCUUUGAACUAAAUGACUCUUGUUUACGGAGAGGAAUAUUGUGUUCGGCUCCAUCUUGGAAAAGUUGCUCAUCUUUUGUGAUUUAGUUGUAUGUUGGUUCAACUUGGACAGAUUUUAAGAAAAAACAUGAAGUACUUGGAGCUAGAAAUGCUUACACCGUAACUAUUGUAGCUCA